AUUAUUGUGGGCGAAACCGUGGGUGUUUGAUUUACUACUACCAUCAGUGCGAAAAUAUCAGACCCAUUGGAAAGAUAAGCACAACUAGGCCACGGAGUAUCACACUCUAAUGGUACUGACAUAAGGAUAUCCUUUUCUGACGUUCAAUUUCCACCAAAUUUGAAACAGCCUUUAGAUAUCACCAUUGAAGAAGAUCCCCGAUAUUAGAUGAGAUGGUUUCUCACAUCAAGUUAGAGAACCAACAGAAGUAUAAAAACCAUGUAUGUCUGUCGUGUAUCACAGGGUUGUAUGGUUGCCGAUGGAAACGAUAUCGUAGAUCCACUGAACCGACUACACUGUUGGAAAAGAUAUCGUUGUUUAUUGUAUUUAUAGCCUUUCUGUUGAUGUCAACAUUAUUCUAUUUCUGGAUAGUAGCUGGAAAUGAUGCUGAUGAUGUCAAUUGGAUCAUAUGGACUAAUCUACAAAGUUGGUUCAACUGGUACUUGCUUCUCUUUGCCUUGACUGCUGUUGCCUUUUCAUAUAUAUCAUUUUUAAUAGUUUUAGGGAUUUUUCACUGGUUGCUUGGGCAACAAUUUCAUUUGCAUUUGAUUCACAAGAUCUUGGUUGUAGCGGUGAUAGGGGGCGGUAUUGCUGCUGUCAUAGUCAUAUCAUUGGAAUGGAGGAAUGAGUGGGAACUUCUAAAUAAAUCCUUGCAGAUAUCAGCACCAAUUCUUCAGCUAGUAGCUGUGGUUCUAUUGACUCUUCUUACUUGGCCGUUUGCCAAGAUAUUCUUCAAAUCUUCAACAGAAUAUCAAAUCCCACAGUUUGUCCUGUACCUCAUCGUAAUGACCUUUAUAUAUUUAAGUCCGCUCUUAGUCGACAACCCAUGCUUCAUAACGUCAGGUGAUCUCCCGGUACGCCCAAAGAUUAUGGCUCAUAGGGGCCUGCAACAGUUAGCACCAGAGAACACUAUGAUUGCGUUUGAGCAGGCAGUAAACUAUAGUGUUUUUGGAUUUGAAAGUGAUGUAUCGAUAAGCUGGGAUGGUGAACCAUUUCUUAUGCAUGAUGCAAACCUUGCACGGACAACAAACGUAAAACAGAAAUUUCCCGCCCGGGAAUGGGAUCCUGCAAGCACUUUUAACCUCACAGACCUUCAGAAAUUAGAUGCGGGCUCAUGGUUUAUUGAGAGGGAUCCAUUUCGGACAGUCAAAUCUAUUCCUGAACACAUCAAAAAUGAAUUCCAUAAACAGCGGAUUCCCACCUUGAAAGAUCUACUGAAUCUGGCUAUCCUCUACAAUAAGAGUGUAAUUUUUGAUAUCCGUGAACCAGAUGAAAAUCAUCCAUACUAUUCCACAUGGAUAGAAGUGGUAGUGAACACCACGCUGGAAACCGGUAUUAGGCAGGAAAAGAUAUGGUGGCUGUCUGAUACAAACAGAUCUUGGGUUGAGAAACGCGCGCCAGGUUUCAUACAAACCGCUGAGAGUUAUAAAUACAGCAUUGAAGAAAUGCGAGAACGGAAUAUUCGUCAAGUUAAUGCUGCAUUUUAUGAAGUAACUGAUCAAGAAAUAAGGGAUUUAAAGAAUGCGAGUAUCAAUAGCUCAGUAUACAUGGUGAACAAGUGGUGGUUGUUUUCCGUGUACUGGUGCGUUGGUGCUCAUUCAGUCACGUCUGGUGCUGCGCAAGUUUUGGAAAACAGAAAUUCACCGGCUUGGUAUUUGGACCCAUCAAUCUAUCUUAUUAUCUGGACCACCGUAGAUGGCGUAUCGGUUCUCUGUGUUAUUAUUAUAUUUAUUAUCCAAAGGUUACAAAAUCCAAGUAGAAUUGCAGACCAGGAGACUGUUGCAAUUAACAUGCAAAGAAAACGUUACAGCAGCGGUAAAGCGCCAGACGACACCAACCCCUUGUACGAUGCUCAGGGUAACUCACCAGCUGGUAAUAGCAACAGGUUACCACCACCGACGCCGGUAGCUACAGAUGGGGAUCAGACCAUCCUCGUCGAAAAUCAGGUCGUCGAACAAGGUUCAUACAAUGAGGUCAAACUGGAGAUGUGAUACUUCACAGAUGGAAAAUCUGCAGUAAGCCUAGAAUUUUUGGCUUUACAGUGCCAUAUUAUCUAGAGGUGAGGAGGCGGUUAGGAGGAGGCCAUAUCUAGAAGUGAGGAGGGGGUGGGAAGAAGGCCAUAUCUAUAUAGAAGUGAGGAGGGGUGGGAAGAAGGCCAAGUGAGGAAGGGGUAAGGAUAUAAUCAUAUCUAGAAAUAAGGAGGGGGUGGAGAUAAGGAUAUGUACCCCAACCCCACAUUUAACAUGGUUAAAUUUGCCAAAUUCAUUCUAUGUCAAGUUUCACUAUUUAAUAAUCAUAUUGUUGUUGUAGUGCCACAUCUAGACGUGAGGAGAGGGUUGAGGUGGAAGAAAACCCUCAGCCUCACAUUUUCACUGUCAGAUUUGCCAAGUACAUUACUAAAACAGACUAUUCUAUUACUAAUUGGUUAAUAAUCAUAUUGUUGUUGAAGUGCCAUAUCUAGGAGUGAGGAGGAAAUCUACCCCAACCAUACAUUUUCACUGUCAAAUUUGCCAAAUUUAUUACUAAACCAAAACUCCUGAUGCCAAACCCUUUUGUGUCUUCUAUCAUCAAAAUCUUGUGUACCUGCUCAUGUCUUGUGAAUUCGCAUAUGGGUAUCAUUACUGACCAAGAUAGCAUGAGUCUUUCACGUACCAUGACCCACAGAGUGCAUACGGGAUAUCAUAACGUCACAUGAUUGAUUAUGUAAAUUUUGACGUUAUCGCAAUCAAAAAUAUUGGGGUCUUGAUAUUUUACAUCUUCAUUUAAAAAUGAUAAAACAGCUGAUAUGACACCAAACAAAAUAUGAUUCCUAUCAAUAUUAACUACCUAAGUAAUGUAAAAUGGGUAAAAGUAAUAUAUACUUUAUUUUAAUGUUGACCUGUUUGUUAUUUUGAUUUCCUUUGAUUGUUCUUUUAUAUUCAUAAUUAUUUUUCAAAUAUAUUUAUUAUUGGAUAUUAAAAAAAUUGUGCUAACGUUUGAUCUGUGAAGGGGGUAAAUAAUUAAUUUUAGUUGUUGCGAUGUCUAGACCUUUGGAGUGUUUAAAUCUUCUGUGGUACCAAAUCAAAAAAGUGUGUGUGUAACAUGCUAUAUGAUAUUGAUCAAAAAGUCAAGUUGUCCUGACUUUCUGAAGUUAACAAUGACAAUUAAUAGGACAAUAUGGUGUGACAUUUUGUGGGAUUGCUACUUAAAGGUAGACAUUAGUCACUAAUUCUUUAAUUGGAAAAUGUUUAGCCUUUAAACUUGUCUAUACACAGUGUAUGUUUAUAUAUAACAGGUGCCUUAGUAUAAAAUUCCCACAAAUUUUUAAUUGCCUUAUUUUUUUAUUGCGCCCUCUUGUGAUAUUUCUUAAAAAUUUAAAAUUGCGCGCUCUUGUGAUAUUUCUUAAAAAUUAAACUAUACAAACAUUCCAUAGCUGCAUGCCUAUCACCAAGUGUUUUCUUCGAUGCCUUGCAUCGCUCAGAUUAUGCAAUUAAUGGUUCUGUAUAAUGCAUUUGUUUAAAUUGCUUGUUUCUUCAGUGUAUUUGUAACAGAAAUACACGAGUUUUGUGUUAACUGUAAAUAAAAAUGAAGGUGUUACAAUUACAUAGUAACUAUAUUGUUACUCAUGUUAAAUUAUGGGUAUUAUAUACCUGGUUCAUCCCCUGAGUUAAGAUGUAAGCCUGUCUUUGCCAAGUGCAACUAAUUAACAUACCCUUCUUAUCCAGAUGGGUGCCCUAAAAUUUGGUGUAAUCAUAUUCUAGCCAAGUGUAACUGAUUGUACCUGACCAAAAUUACCCUUAGCAAGUGAAUCUGAUAAAGUAAUCUUUGGCAGUAGGCCUAUUGUCUCUGAUUAUGUGUCAGCUAACCAGGUAGCCUAGGACAAUUUGUAGUUUGAACUGCACAUGUCAAAGUCAAUCAACAUAAACAAUUGUACACACUAAGUUGAUUGACCUUGGAUAUGUGCAUGUGCAGUUCAAACUAUGAACUGGCUUAUUGUAAUCUAACUAGUUGGCUUAAGCAUCUAUCAUUUAUGUUAUUGGGAAUAAAUAUAUCAAGAU